CUGACACAUGGAAUGCAAGACUGGUGGUGAAGGAAGUCGCAAACGUCAUCAGGCCCAAAUGUCAGCGAUCUGGAUAAAUGAUUCGUAAAACAUAGUUUUAAGUUUAUUAAGUUACCCCGAUGAACAAAAUGAAAUUACUUGUUAACAAAAGAACGGAAAUUGCAUCUCUCGUCAAGUAACGGGUGGAAGUAACCUGCAUUUUUCGAACGGUGACUGGCACCAUGAGCAAGGAACAUUUAUCUGGUGGUUCCAUGUUGUGCAGACAACGAUUCAAGGGUGUCGAGAACUUUCUAAGAAGAAUUGCAUUUAACUUAGGCAAUACACCGUCACAAACCGAGGUUAAAAUUAUAUCCUGUAUACCUAUUGACGUCACAGAUUUGCAACAAAAAAUACUGCAUUUAGAGAAACAAUUGGAUGGCGGUCACAGUCCACCAGCAUCAGAUUCGCUGAAAGAUAGCAAAUCUCUGAAAUUUAACAAACCUAACUCGAGCAGGCGGACCACUGUAAACGCAGCGAUUGUAGAUUCCAAAUUCCCCGAAGUAUCCACUGCAGCGGUAUCCUGCAAGUCGCUCGACUGCGAUCGAAGCACGAGCCCGACAUGUUUGCAGAAAAGAGGGAAAUCGAACGUUUCGUUUAUUUUUCCGAAUGUAGACCACCGUGCUUUAUGCGACCAGCCAUUUUCCUGUGGCAACUCUGAAUUAUCCCAGGAUGCUGAAGAGGUGAUAAAAGCUAACUUCCAAAGUUACGAAGCCGCUCACAAGAUGGUUGAACAAAAGCCAAGCUGUCAUAAAAAAACCUUCUUCAAAAAGAAAAAAAAGACGAUCAAAUAUAAAAAAGGGACCACGCCAUUUGUGUACUACGCACAAACAAACAACAGCUCUCCGUUCACGAAGUCUGACCAAACAGAGGAUCCGCUGAAAUGCGAAAAUGAACUUAUGAGUCGGUCAUAUUUGGCUCAAAUGAUUAACAAGCAAUAUAAACCUAAAAUUAUAGGAGAUAACUUAUCUACCUUAAGCCAGUUUUCGUCCCCUGUCUGCAGAGACGUCCAGCCGCAUGUUGAGGGACCUUGUCGAUGUGAGUCCGACAUAUGCUCAUGUUGUUAUGGCCCUUUCCACAAUAUUGACAAUCACAUGAAUAGACUGAUUAAUCCUCAGACUUACAUGCUUAAUGAGAUCAACUUGGCUAACAUGUAUUAUGAUACCAAACAAUACGACAUGAUACCGGUGAAAGAAAAGCCAGUAAAAUUGAAUACGGAGACGGCUCGAAAAAAAGAACAGAGACCAUAUUUCGAUGUAAAAUGUUGGCCGGAGAGUAUCCGCUCUAAGUACUACCAGUCAUUGUAUCCUAUUCCAGCAAUCAAUGAGUACAUGCCACCACCUCCGGCCGAUUAUGUUUUCAAAGAUAAAUUCGACAUGCAUGGGAAAAAAGUCCUCACAAAAAUUAAUCGUACAGAACCGAUCGUAAGAGUGGUAAAACGAAGGAAGGAAAUUUACAAAAGAGAGCGGCCGCAGUCUAUCGAGACGUCAAAAAGUUGUUCUGUAGAUUUUGGAAAUAUUUAUUCUAAAAAAAAUUGCAAGAAGCCCAAAAAACAGGAGGUUCGGCAAACCGUUCUACCCACUAAAAAGAACGCUGAAUGUUUAACUACCAACAUAGUAACUAAAAUUUGUAAUACUACCGAAUGCCAGACAGCCAUGAACAUCCCUGAAACUAACCCAGCUGAUGCUAAAACUGAACAAACAUUAAAUCAGAUCAAAGUUAUUCUUCAAUCAGUACUAGCAGAAGUUAAAGUGACCCAAACAAAAAAUCAAGUUGUUCGAGAUAAACCAAAGAAAGACGCCGUCGUCCAAAAAGGACAAUCUCAUAACAACAUGCAAGGAUCUAGUUUCAUGAAUAGUGUCAAUUAUAGUCCUUAUAGCACCAUGCACCCGUCUGCCUAUAUGGCGACGUGCUCGCGACACUUGAACCCCAGUCAACUGGCAGGAAUCAUGCCUAAUCAGUUCUACUACUCGCAUGAGGGAAUGAAAUGUUUCCACAACUUUCCACUCUUUAUACCACCUCCAGGAGGGAGAACCAUGUAUACCAACUGCUAUCGCAACAGCUCUAACAUCAAAUCUGGUUAUAUGAAGCAAGCGGCAACGAUUGCCACCAAUACCGAAGAAGUCCAAGAAGAGCGUGCCAAGGAAACAGAGAAACUAAUAAAAGAGAUAUACAAAUCCAUGGCCUUAACUAUGGACGUGCCGAAUAAAGAGUCCUCACUCAGCGAAUAUGAUGAAAUAAUAAAACCAAUAAUUUUAAAAACAGAGGCAAAAAAGCAGCAACCUAAAAAAAUUAAGAAUGUUGUACAAGCUGUAUCUGAAUUAUUUAUAAAGAAAGAUAUGAUAGACACGUCGGACACCCUCAACACUACGGUCGAAAGUAAAGUACUGUCUAAUGAAGUGACUACACAAUCUCAAAUCGUGACAACUACUGAUACCUCUGAGAGGAUGCGAGACGAUAGCUACGACAACUAUAUACCCACUACCAACACACAGCCUACGGACCCUGAACUACAGAGGAAAGUAGUUCAUGAAACGUUAGUGCAGCACAGUGAUACUAUCGAGACGGAGACAUCCAGCACAGACUAUGAUAUAGAGUCGACCACUCAAGUUAACGCCCUAGCACCUAUACAAAAAAAAGAAAAGCAAGGUUUAUUUAGCAAGAUGUUAAAAUCUGUAAAGCUCUUUAAGGUAAAAGAGAAACCGAAGCAGAUGAGUGAAAGAACAGAGAGCGAAGUAGAAUCUACCAGUGAUUCGGAUGAUUACCAGACGGUAUAUAGUCAGAAAAUUGAGAAGAGCGUUAAAAAUCCGAGUCGGCCACAUAACAUGCCAAAGCGUAAGACCCAUUCGAAGAUAUCUUACAAACAAAUAUAUCAAAGAGACAGAAGUCCUGAGAAGAAGAGGUCGCCCUACAUGGAGCAGGAGUACCGGAGGUACUGGGACGAGAGGCUGAUGUUCCAGGACAACAGGGCGCGCCGCUCCUCCGAGCGGAUGUACUCCGACCUGACGAAAGCCCAUCAUGCUCACUACCACACUUACGAAGCCAGAAGUGCUCUUAUUGAACCAAAGUCGAUGAAUCCGAAACAUGAGCAAAAAUCAAACAGAGUAGUGAAUAGUGACAAUAAACUGAAGGCGGCGUCCAAGGGAAUGCCGUGGCUGCGGAAAAACAAGACGGGCAUCCAUUGCGGGUGCGGCGAGCAGUGGAAGAUGUUACUCAAAGAUUAAAUUACUUCUUGUGUUGUUUUGUGCUAAUGUGAUACGUCCGUAUAAUAUGUUAUUUUGUCAAAAAUGUGUAAUAAAAAUUUCAGUCUCAA